AUGUCCACCCAGGGAUCCACCAACCAGACGCUGAGCUGGGGAUACGUCGGCUCCGAGACAUUCCAGACCGGAAGCCCAGUGCCGCCUCCCAUCAGUUUUCCUUAUAGUCAGGAUCAGACGAACCUGAUUCUCAACUACCUGCCGCAGGACAUGACGGAGUCGGAGGUGCGCCGUCUCUUCUCCAAGUUCGGGGAGAUCCGCAAGGCCAAAAUCAUUCGCCACCGCUUGACUGGCAUUAGCUGCUGCUACGGAUUCGUGGACUACGUGUCAGCCCGCCAGGCGGCUGCUGCCCAGAGCAGCAUGGAUGGCUACGAGACUCGCGGCAAGCGGCUGAAGGUGGCCUUCGCCCGACCUUCCGAGGACCAGAGCAGGAACUCCAACCUAUACGUGGCCAACCUGCCGACGCACCUGGACGAGAGGAAGGUGCGAGAGCUCUUCGCCGUCUACGGCAUCGUCUUGGAUGUGAACUUGCUGCGCCACAAGUUCAACCGAACUUCCCGCGGAGUGGCCUUCGUGCACUUCAAGCACUGGCGGGACGCCGAGAUGGCCAAGUACGGCAUGGAUCGGCACAUGAUCGAGGGCGCCUUCCGGCCCCUGGCGGUCAAGUUUGUGGAUCGCCCGCCCAAGGACUCGCCAGCUCGAGGAACGGGUCCUACCCACAAUGGCCUCCACUUUAAGCUCCGGGGCAAAGCUUUCCCAUCAACCUCCAAGCGCCGCCAGGAGCGGGACGAUCACCCUGAGUCCAAGCGUUCUCGCGACUCCGACUAA